GAAAAUGCGGAAGUUCAAUGCUAGCAUGAGAAUGGCGACUCCCGGGAGUCCUGCGCUCCGUUUCGUGACGGGAAAAGUUCUGUUUCUGCUCGUAAUCUGGUCUAAUCUCCAUUUUCCCUGCUGGGCGGCGGACAGGAACGACCGGCCGAUAAUCGGGGUCCUCUCUCAGGAGCUGGUCUCAAACGGAAGCUCGUACAUAGCCGCCUCCUAUGUCAAGUUCCUGGAGUCCGCCGGAGCCCGCGUGGUUCCGGUUCUGAUCAACCAGACCCCGGAGGACUACAAGAAGCUCUUCCUCUCUAUUAACGGGAUCCUGUUUCCAGGCGGAGGUGUUAACAUCACGUCUUCUGGGUACGAGCGCGCUGCAGAGAUCUUCUACCAGCUGGCUCUGACGGCCAACAAGAACGGCGACUUCUUCCCCGUGUGGGGCACCUGCCUGGGCUUUGAGGAGCUGACGUUCCUGACCAGCGGGAAGAUGCUGCUGUCGCACACCAACACCAGCGCCGCCGCGCUGCCUCUGAACUUCACUGAAGACGCCAAGCGCAGCCGCAUGUUCUCCGCCUUCCCCGCCGAGCUGAUGGCGGCUCUGGCCUCCGAGCCUCUCACGGUGAACGCCCACCAGUUCAGUCUGGCGACGACGACGUUCUACGCGGAUGAAUCUCUGAAGAACUUCUACAGAGUUCUGUCCACAAACACAGACGGAACCACAGAGUUUGUGUCCACCUUUGAAGCGUACCGCUAUCCGGUUUACGGGACGCAGUGGCAUCCAGAGAAGAACGCCUUCGAGUGGACGAGGUCCUUCAUCCCUCAUUCUCCGUCUGCUGUCAAGACGACCUUCUACAUGGCGGAGUUCUUCGUCAGUGAAGCGAGGAAGAGCUUCCACAGAUUUGAAUCCAAGGAGGAAGAGGAUAAAGCUCUGAUCUACAACUACAACCCUGUUUACACCGGAGCC